GUAAUUAAGGCACAGCUCCCCCUAUAUUUUCAAACAUCGAUCAUUGCUACUUUUUCAUAUAUUAUUGCGCAGCGAUAUUCACAUCAUAUCCAAUGGAGAUUCAAGGUUGGCCCUUUGAGAAUUUCAUCUUUUUCUUGAUUAUUAUCGUCUCAAUCUUUGUUCUCUAUCUACUGAGGAUAAAGCUCUUGUACUGCAGCUGCGAUGUGUGCAACGCGUACAUGUCAACGAGUUGGUAUGCAAAGUACAACAAUUUAUGCGAUUGGUACACUCAUCUUCUCCGAAACUCGCCGACGAAAACCAUACAUAUCCACGUUCUUCAGAACACCAUAACGGCUAACCCGGAAAACGUGGAGUAUAUGUUGAAGGGCAGAUUCGAGAAUUACCCCAAGGGGAAAGCGUUCUCGGCGAUCUUGGGGGAUUUUCUUGGGCAGGGAAUAUUCAACGUGGACGGAGAUUCGUGGCGGUUUCAGAGGAAGAUAGCGAGUAUGGAGCUGGGGAGGAGCUCCGUGCUAUCGUACGCGUUUGAAGUGAUUCACACGGAGAUCGAGCGCCGCCUUUUACCGGUCCUGGCUGAGAAGGAAGUGAAAGACAGCGUGGUGGAUUUCCAGGAUGUUUUUAGGAGAUUCUCUUUUGAUUGUAUUUGUAGAUUCUCGUUCGGGUUGGAUCCUAAAUGUCUGGAAUCUCUGAUGCCGUUGUCGGAAUUCGCGGUGUCGUUUCACUUGGCGUCGAAGCUGUCGGCGGAGAGGGCCAUGAGCGCGUCGCCGGUUGUGUGGAAGAUCAAGCGGUUUCUGAACAUAGGGAGCGAGAAGGAGCUGAGAAAAUCGAUCGAGAUGAUUAAUUUGCUCGCGAUGGAGGUGAUUAAACAACGGCGUAAGAUACUAGGAACCAGCGAAGAUGAAAACCACAAGGAUCUUCUGUCGAGAUUUAUGGGGAGCAUAGCGGACGAGACUUAUUUGAGAGAUAUAGUGAUCAGUUUCCUCCUGGCGGGGCGCGACACCGUGGCGUCCGCCUUGACUAGUUUCUUCUGGCUGAUCGGAAAACACCCGGAAGCGGCGGAGGCCAUUCUCGCCGAGGCGGAUAGGGUGAUCGGAAAAAACGGAGAUCCGGCGAGCUGUGAGGAAAUGGGGGAGCAUAAUUACCUGCAAGCGGCGGUGUACGAGAGCAUGCGGCUUUUCCCGCCUAUCCAAUUCGACUCCAAGUUUUGCGUGGAGGACGACGUGUUGCCGGACGGGACGGCGGUGAAGAGGGGGACUAGGGUUACGUAUCAUCCUUAUGCAAUGGGGAGAAUGGAGGGGAUAUGGGGCUCCGAUUGCCUGGAAUUUAAGCCGGAGAGAUGGCUCAAAGAUGGGGUUUUCUUCCAAGAAAACCCUUUCAAGUACCCGGUUUUUCAAGCCGGACUUAGGGUGUGUUUGGGAAAGGAAAUGGCCCUUCUCGAGGUUAAGAGCGUAGCGCUGUCAGUCCUCCGCCGGUUUCGCAUCCACUUGGCUCAGCCCCACCACACCCCCCGCUUCUCCCCCGGCCUCACCGCCACUUUCCGCGACGGCUUGCCGGUUUUCAUCCAACAAAGGUGCCCGUCCCGCCCUUAAUGGGUAACACUACAUACUUCUGUGACACUGUCUCAUGGAUCACAGAUCUCAAUCUCUGAGACUGUGUCACACAAGUUUUUGUCGCUCAUAAUUAGCACCAAUCUUAUAUAGUAGCAACAUCCAACCCUAAACUACAUAAACUUCCCUAUAUCAUAUCGAUCCAUCCAUCAUAAUUACUGUAUGUAAUGUGCUACUAGCUUUUUUCUUGGCCAAUGUCAGUUUUUCAUGGCGAAUUAGAGCAGUUUGGUGAUCCGAUCCAUAUCAAGAGCCAAGAGCCAAGCCACUGCGGCUUAUAUGUUCAUUACUACUGCAAUUAUUUUUUUUGUCUUUUUGGAUGGCCAAGCUAAGCUGGGGGGUUUCCAUUUUCAUUUUUAUUUUUAAUUUGUUUUCACAUAUAUGCAUGUACAAAACAUUUGGCUAUGAAGAAGCAGCUAGCUAGCUAACUUAGCUGGUGAUGACCUGGUGUUUUUACAACCUUAAUUUCUCCGAAUACGUGCUUUUAAUGCACGGUCUAGUCUGCAUCGACACCUUUAUUUCUUGAAUUGAUAGCUACUUAGCUUGUUCGCAAUACUGUACUAUUGUGUAUCUGAAAUUCUAUAUAUGUAUUUAUGUGAAUAUAUAGCCAAAUAUGAAUGUAAUUCGCACUGAAUAUUAUUACUC